AGACUGUUUUUUUUUUUUAAGAAUUGAUGCUAGUCGGUCAGCACGUGGGGAGGAGAGUGACUUUCCAUAGUUUGCACGGGGACACGGAUUGAAAAACUUGCGUAUUGGUAUUAUUUCACUGUUGAUUUCAUCGUGGCGGCGCCGAGGACCUUAAAACACCGUUUAGCUGCUAGUGUCCUGUGGAAAUGCCGCUGAGGUUUCGCUCGGUCGUGCCCUACACGCUGCCCGGAGUCCUCGCCCUAAUCGGCUGGUGGUGGUACAUCUCCCGAAAGAAAGAUCGGGUUUUGGGCCACAGCGAACUCAAACGACCCCCCUCCUCCGCCAGCCUGCGAACUUCACCAACAGAGGGCAGCAACGGUGUGAUCGAAAAUGGCACCAACUCUCCCACAGAUGAGACCGCAAGACCAGACAGCCCUGUGCACACAACUGCAAAGAGACUGGACCAUGAUAUUAGCUCACACGCUCAAGAUAAUGGAGAUGCGACAUUAAGAGUAGAAGAAAGCGUAGGUUUAAAGGAUGAGACGCGAAACGAAAUGCGCUCAUCUGAUUUGGACAUUUGCGAAUCAAAACAGGAAGUUGUUUUGUCCACGCAGCUUACCAAAGUUUCACGUUUGGAUCCCAAUAUUUCAGAGGAAGAAAGGCCCGAACCGGAGGGCGAAGUUGCGACAGCGUGCGCAGUUAGCCCGUUGCAAAGAGUGGCGCCGCAAAUCGAAGUAGAAACGCCCAUUUUGUUGCAGGAUUUCCACCUAAAUGUCCUAACAAGCACACCAUCUUUGCCACUAUGUGCAGCAGAAAUGCAAGAAUUUAUCUGUGAGAAGGUAGAUCAACAGCCAAAAGAAGUCGAGCCAGAUUUGGAGCUCCUCGCAGCUGGUUUGAUAACAGAAGUCAUCUCCGCAGCAACGCAAGAAGUCAUGGGUGACGCCAGCUGCCCGCUAUUGGAAAGUACAAGAAUUUGCUCACAAGAAAUAGACAAAACAGAGCAUGAAUUACUUUCGAGAACAAGCUCCGAUGUCCAAAAUUCUGAAGAGGGAAUGUCAAAUGGCUGCAGCACAGAUAUAGUUAUGGACAGAUCAAACUGUUCAGGGCAAACAAAGCCGAAAGUUGAAGGCGUUUCGGAGGAUGAUUUGGCUUCUAGUACAUGCCACUCGGAGGUCAGCAGUGAGGACUUACACCCAACAGAUAAUAUCCAAGUGACUGAUUUGUCUGCACCAGAGGAGGAGACGCAGAUGGAGGUGGUGGGGUUAGAUGGAGCAGAGCGGAGAGCCCUGAGUGAGGAUGGUUCUGUGGAGGGAGUGUGUGACCUGAAGAGGCUGAACGGGAUGAGCUUGGGCAACGGAGCCCACGGCACCGACGCAGAGACAGACCAGUCCGGAGGAGAGGGCUCUGAUGUGAACAGUAUGGACUCUGUGGACAGCGGCUGCAUUGGAGAGAGCAACCACAGUUCGUCCAGUUCAGAGGUCAUCAUUUGGGAGAUCGAGGUGCCAAAGCAUCUGGUGGGGAGGUUGAUUGGGAAACAGGGCAGAUACGUGAGCUUCCUGAAGCAGAGUUCAGGAGCAAAGAUCUACAUCUCGACUUUACCGUACACACAGGAGUUCCAGAUCUGCCACAUCGAGGGAACGCAGCAACAGGUUGACAAAGCCUUAGCUCUGAUCGGGAAAAAGUUUAAAGAUUUGGACCUGACAAAUUUGUACGCACCUCCAGCUCCUCCACUUACACUCCCCUCACUUCCCAUGACAUCCUGGCUGUUGUUGCCGAGUGGAGUCACGGUGGAGGUGAUCGUGGUGAACAUCGUUUCUGCCGGUCAUGUGUUUGUUCAGCAGCACACUCACCCCACGUACCACGCCCUGAGGAGCCUGGACCAGCAAAUGUUCCUCUGCUACUCUCAGCCCGGGACGCCCGCCCUGCCCUCGCCCGCUGAAGUGGGUGUGAUCUGUGCUGCGCCGGCUGGAGAAGGCGCCUGGUGGAGAGCUCAGGUCAUCACGUUUUACAAAGAGUCAAGCGAAGUCGAGAUUCGAUACGUCGACUACGGAGGAUACGACCGCGUCAAGAUCGACACACUGCGGCAAAUCAGAUCUGACUUUGUAACACUACCAUUUCAAGGUGCUGAAGUUUUGCUUGACAACAUCGCACCACUUCCAGGAGAGGACCGUUUUUCAGCCGAAGCCACGACUGCGUUAGAGGAGCUGACCAGAGGAGUAGCACUUCUGGCACAGGUCUCAAACUAUGACAACAACACCGGGCUCCCAUUGGUCCAUUUGUGGAAUAUGGUCGGAGAUGAGGUGGUCUCUGUGAACCGUACAUUGGCUGAACGCGGGCUUGGCGUUUGGGUGGACAGCUUCUAAACUUCCAUCAAAUCUGGACCCACCAUUAUUUUUGCAACACCACUGGAUCUAAUGAGGAGAUUUUUUUUUUUUUUUUUUUUCCGUUUUUGUUUUUUCUUUCACCAUUUUGCCCUAUAUAUCCUUAAAACUUCAAAAAUAUUAAAAUGAUUUGCAGGCAUAAUCUACACCAACAUGGCACUGCUUCAGUCUGUACAAAGGAGUGAAAUAAGAAGAGGCACUUGUACAUUUUUAAAAAGAUAAAUCUAUAUUGUAAUUAAAUAAAGGUUCGCCAAUAUUUUUUCCUCCUCACAUUUUCAACAAUAAUUUUGCUAUGGGCCCUUUGCAUGUACACUCAAUCCUAAUGCAAUGUCAAAGGAAUCCUCUCAUCCCAUAAAAUCAUGUUGUUUUUUUUUCAUCAUUUUAUAAUUUUUGGGGUUUUAAACCAGCAAAACCACUCGCUUUCCACGGCAAAAUUUUGUUUUUGACUGACGAGUAAUGCCACUACACAAUUCACCCAGGAAGACGGGACACACUGUAUUUUUGGGCCAUAAAAACCUACAGUUCUGGGCAUUUUACAGCUAAGAUGUAUGAAAACUAGAGCUUGCACUAAACGGAAGGAUGUUUUAAACCACCAAGGAAUGAAUUGUGAAACUCAAAGGUGCUCAAAUCUACAUACUCCCAUUUAUCAUGAAUUGGACAAGGCUUGGAACUUAAAUUGCGUUAAAACAAUUGCUGAGCUAAAAGUAAAACCCACUCAGCUCUGACAUAAACAAAGUCGGGUCCGAAAUUAACUUAUUUUUUCAUGUUUAAAAUUGUGCUGUGUAAAAUGUAUCAAAUUUAUUGUGUUCCCAUUUUAUGAAAGUUUGGUCAUUUUGAAUUUGGGGACAAAAAUGUAGCCGCAAGCUUUACAGGAAUUAUCAGGAUUUCAAAUAUUGCUGGAGGAGCGUCUUUUAACUACAUAUACGUGGCAUCGUUCAGUGCCAGGCCUUUUUGUCUAGAGAGCAAACUGUUAUUUCACGAUCAAAUAAUGCAAGUUUGUGCGAGAAAACAUGACUUGCUUUUUGAUCACUUUUGCGUAACAUUAUAACGGUGCAGGAAUUGGGUUUAUAUAUGUUUGAAGUACUGGAAAAAGUCCCAGGAACGACACGAUAUUCCCACAGUGCGAAGUCCUGAUCCAAACGACCUUUUGGAUCAUUCUCCUUCAAAUCCACCAAUAAAAUGUCUUAAGUUUGUCUCUCUUUAGUGUAAAAUUGUACUUUUAUUAUCAUUUCACCGUGUUCCUCAGACUCGGUUCAUGGUAAAUGGGAGCGACUUGGAUUUCAGUGUUCUUAAACGCACUGAAAUGAUGAACGCUAAUAGUGUUUUGUAACGUAAUGGGUUUUUUGGUCGCAUGUGUUGUGCGCGAACUGACUUGAAUCAUGUAGACAUUAAUGACAAACGUGCUCUGAGAGGUCCUGAAUUCUUGAAAGUGAAGUAGUUUGUGAGCACUAGUGUUAUUUCAGAGCCAAUUAAAGGGGAAGUUAUCGAUAAAAUGCACAUCGACUGAUACUGUGUUCAGUUCAAUAGACUUGCCAUGACUCUAAACCUUUACUUGUUUGGACACUCCUGGUUUUAAGCUGGUCCGCUACCUUCUUGUCUCCUUGGAUGUUUUGUUUUUUUAUUUUUAUUUUUUUGCUUUGCCUGGAAUGAACCACAGUAUGGCCUUAAACUUCUCUAUCUUGGACGAAGCAGAUGAAACCACCAGACAAGCGCUCACGUUAUGAUUUCAGGUUUUUGGAGCUGUUUUUGAGCAAUAAAAACACUUAUAGUUAAAUAAACUAAAGCAAAAUAGACAGUUUUAAUUAGAGAUCGAACGAUCCGGGUUUUUUCAUGGCCAGUGCCGAUACAACUCUUUAAAAUAGCAGAUAUAUUAGUCAAAAUUUUAUCAUUUUCCUCAAUUUAUGUCACUUAAAUUGACUACAAACUGACCCACAGUCCUGUUUUUCACCACAAACCUUUAAGAGAGCCGUUUAACUUGAGAAGAUAACUGCUCUAAAUGUGAUAAAAUGUUAAAAUAAAGCUUUUUGCGUAUGUUCUUGGCAGCAAAUCAAAACAAAAUAUUGCUCAUCUGCUGGAGGUUUAAAGCCGAUAUGCUAAAAAAACCCAAAUAUCGUCCAAAUAUCAGUCUGUCUCUAGUUUUAACGGCAUAACUAUGGAUCAUUCCAGGCAACGCAACAACCUCUCCAACCAGAAAAGUAACACGGGGCACCUUUUUUAUAUUCUUAAAAAUGAAUCACACACCAAAUCGACAACAAUCUGCUGCUAUCCCUUUAAAAAUGUAACUCGGUUUUACCAUUUCAACUUUGUCUCUGGGUUUUUGAUAGCUGCUCCCUUCUUUUGGACAAACUGCACUGCGGGUCUCAUCACUGUUGUUUUUCAUUUUCCUAAACUUUUGAAGGGAUUAUUUGACUUUUUUUUUUCUAUAUCGACUUCAUUAAAUAAUCAUUGUUACUCUAUUAGCAAUAAGGCAGCUUUUUAAGUUGAAGGACAGUAUCAAAAAUGCAAAGGGAAGUCGGGGGUCACUUAACAGCUCGUGAAAUAACCAACUUACUGUAAUUCAUACACAAAAACAAUACAACAAUACUUUAACUCAGGAACGGUUGGAAGGGUUUGCUGUACAUUUUGUGCCUAUGUGGGCAAAUACAAACAUAUGUCACAUGGUAUUUUCGGUUUCCUGUAUUUGAAGUCUGUAAGGAAGGGGCUAUAUGUACUCUGUAAAAUAAGUUACAAUAAAAAAAAGUUUAUAAAGAAAAACCUGAAUAAAUCACGAUAACACAUUUUGAAGUGCGAUAUAUCGUUGGAAGUAAAUAUAGACGAUAAACGAUAAUAUUGAAAGCAAAACGUAAACCAGAAAUAUCACCCAAAAUGAUUAUUAAUAUGCAAAAUUGUUUUAAAAAAAAAGAAAAGUGCUGCCGAUAUAAAUAAAUAACAGAAUCUUACACUUAACUAGAUGAUUUGUUUCUAUAAUGAGUCACAAUACAACCGGCUACGGCUGAAAUCUCAUCGCAGAACAGAAAAAUAACACAUUUUGACCUCUAAAAGUGCACCAGCUUUUAUAUAUUCAAAUUAAUUAUCAUGACAGGCCUUUAAAUAGGACCUUCAUAUAUAUAUACACCCAUGUACAAGAUAGUACUGCAUAUGAAAUAACUGUGUAAUCCCUCAGUCGUCUUGGUAUGAUCCAUAGCAAAAGAAAAAAUCUAUUUUGUAAACUGGACAAAAGUUUUAGAGCGAAGCCGUUUUGUCAGUUCUGGUCAGAUUACUGUUGGACACUGCCUUAUAUCUCUGUCUGAAGGGAGCCGCUUACUACUUAACACUUCAUGUUUUCAGUCUAAAACCUUUAUCCAGUUGACAGAAUUGUGUUUUUCGUUUGGCUAUUGAAAUGAUAAACCCGUUCAAAUAAUAUGGACUUGAAUUGUUCCGUAUAAAUAAUAACCAAAUCUCAUUCAUUACUGUAUAAGAUGUUACACACUAAACUCUCCCUAGCUACUAUAUAUACCACAAUAUGCAGUAUCUUAUUAAGUCUGUACUACAAAUGCUUUCUGGUGAUUGUGUACUUACAUUUAAUCUAUUUCAAAAUUUUAAGUCGUAAGUAAUUCAUGUACAGGGUGUCCAAAAAGCGUCUACAUUUUUAAACUUUAAUUACAAAGAGAUAUAAUAAUUAGAUUUGUUCUGUUGUACUCGGUGUUUAUAAAAGUUUUUAAUCACAUUGGGGUCUGCAUGUUCCAAAUAUUUCCAGACCGUUGGAUCGGAAGGUUCACCAGAUAUCGCACCUCUGGAUUUCUUUCCACGGCGCUAUGUUAAAGAAAUCGUGUAUCGAACAAAGACACGGGACGUUACUGAACUAAAGCAAAAGAUACGGAUGCGGUUGAACCUUUUGUGAGGCUCUACUGCAGCGGACACGGCGAGAAGUCGAGCACCGUCUUCAUGCCGCUAAUGGUGCCCAGAUAGAGGUGGAUUAAAUGACGUAAAACACUUUGGAAACCACUGAACACAAUAGAACAAGUCUGAUUAAUAUGUCUGAUCAACUGCCUUUAUAAUAAAUGUUCUAAACUGUAAAAAGACUUUAUGGACGCCUUGUAUUUUACCAAUCACAGGCCGUUUAUUUCAAAGGUAAACAUACAUAUAGCCCCUUUAAAUCAUCAGUAGAAGUGUGUUGUCAUGGUGCUGGAUGGGGAAUUAGCCAUAAAAACUUUAAUUUUCUUUUUUUUUUUCAAUGGGUUGUCUUCCCUCAUUUGGAUCAUUGUAUUAUCUGCACUGAGCUCACUGCUUCUGCUUCUCGUCUUGAAUCACACGUAGAGUUUUUGGCCGGUUUGAAAAGGUAUUUAUGGAUUAGCCGGUGUUAACGGUUGGCUAAGUAUAAAUACACGUUUUGGUAUUGGUUUGGAGUAGCAGACACGUGCAACAAUUGAAGAAUGAUGUAACUUCCUGUACAUAAAAGCAAAGUUGAUAUUUUUGGCUAAAUUUAAGUUUCCGUUUAACAGCUUUAUGUGUAAAGUUAAGGCUGGACAAUAUGACAAUAAGAAUAUUUAAUACAAUCGGGUGCGUUCACGUUCUGCAAUUUGACGAUGAGGGCGAGAUUUACUGUUUUUGAAAGAAAUUGAAAUUGAAAUCCGCAAGUGAAAUGUACUUUCAACUGACAGCAAUCACGUCUUCGGGUUGAACUUUGGUACAAUCUGGGACUGUUGUUAAAAAAAUGUAAAAAAUAAAUAAAUAAAUACAUUAAAAAAAACAGGGCAGCACCAGGGGGAAUUCAAAAUGAGAUUACAAUAAAAAAUAAUAACAAUUUUAAAAAAUCCAUGUUAACGUUUUUAUAGAUCACUAAAAGGGCUAGCUACAUUUAAACUAGUUUAAAACAGCGACUCAAACAUGGUAGAGUUUGGGGGUCACGCUCUAAAUUAACAUGUUAAGUGAUCACCCACGUUGAAGAGCGGGCCCCCCUCAUUGCUCCUCCAACCAAAAAUAUCUGGCGCCGCCCCUGGAAAAAGCUUAAACUGACUGUUGAACAUCGUCGUGUCUGUUUCACGUGGCUAGACCCAGUAAUUACAAAGAUAUUAACCAUAAACCAGGUCAACACCGCUACAAUUUAACAGUUUAACAGCAAAUUCCACCUGAGAAUUGGGACCUGUCUCCAGUUUAAUAAAUUCUGGGGGUUUCUACAGUGUUGUGGUGUCACGUGAACGCAGCUUCUGUCACGCUUAAACCAAUCCGAACGAAGUGUGACUUUCCAAAAUAAGAAUAUAACUUGAAUAACUUCUAAAAUAAUGAUAAUAAUAUAGAUAAUUGUACAUGAAUCAUAGAAAAAUCCAAAUUAUAAGGUACAUUUUUGCUCUAAUAUGUAGCUAAUCUUAUAAAUCGUGACAAAAUCAUAAUUGAAAUGUAGGUUACAAGAAACUUUGCCGCUAUAUACAAUUAAUCUUGUUGCAUUUACCCAUAGACACACCCAAAAGUCUCAGAAGGAUUUUGAACCGUAAAAUAACUUUGUCUGCUACUCCAAUCCUUUAAUAUAAAACGUUCACUUAAAACCACACCAGUUGUCCAUCAAUAUCUUUAAAAAAAACGUAUCUCCAGACUGAAUAAUUCUUUCCAAAUCAGUUUCUUUCAGCUUUUGUUGCUGUAAAUAUAAAAUACUUUUCUAUUUCACUGGGCAGAUUUCAAAGGGAACAUUACUCCAUAUCGACUCACUGUUUAAGUCCAUUUUUUUCCAGUUUAUUUUAUUAUUUUUUUUCAAGCCGUUGGACUGAAAUGACUGAAGUGUUGUUUGCAUAGGUCUAGACAAGUAAUCCGAUUGAUUAUUUAAAUAUGUGUGUAUUUUUCGCGUUUUUUUGCCCAAAAGCAUUUAACGACGUGUACAGAUCAUAUUUUGCUAGAGGGUCGUCUCUAAAGUUUGAUUUCUUGAUUGUACAGAUCUAUUAGGGAAGAAUAAAAAGAUAUGGAAAGUAAA